UGUCGUGGUGCGGAGCUGAUUUGUAGGCUGGCUCGGCAGAAUGGACUGUCACCGAGCCCGUACUGCCCUGUGAGGCGCUCGGCAGGGGUCCGAGGCCAGGACGAGGUGCAGUAUUGCCGUGACCGCGCUGUACCUCUGGGAUGCCUUCUUGAGAGAAAGCAAUCGGAUGGUACUCGCUGCUUUGAAUUGCCUCUUCUUUGUGCGUAUACCGUCUGCAGACACCGGAUAUCCUUGAUUUGCAGAAGGCAUCUCAAAAUGUUGUGUCGAGCUGCUCUGAGCCCUCUUGUCCGUUCCCCUGGAUGGUGCUUUGUGUUACCGCCCCAUGCCAUCGCAGCCAUUUCCCGUUUAUAUCUCCCUUGCCAUAACCAAAGAUUAAGGAAUGAAUGCAUCCGUUGUUGGAGCAAUAUUCCAUUUAUCACUUUGCCACUCAGCCGUGCACAUGGAAAAUCAUUUGCACACCGCAGUGAGCUGAAGCAUGCAAAACGGAUUGUAGUAAAGCUGGGUAGUGCUGUUGUUACUCGAGGGGAUGAGUGUGGCUUGGCCCUUGGGAGGCUGGCUUCCAUUGUAGAGCAGGUCUCAGUGCUGCAAAAUCAGGGCCGAGAGAUGAUGAUUGUCACCAGUGGGGCUGUAGCUUUUGGAAAGCAGCGGUUGCGUCAUGAGAUCCUGCUUUCUCAGAGUGUGAGGCAAGCACUUCAUUCAGGCCAGAGUCAGCUGAAAGAUAUGGCUAUUCCAGUCUUGGAGGCCCGAGCCUGUGCAGCAGCUGGACAGAGUGGACUAAUGGCUCUGUAUGAGGCCAUGUUUACACAGUACAGCAUCUGUGCAGCUCAGAUUUUAGUCACCAAUCUGGAUUUCCAUGAUGAGCAGAAGCGUCGCAACUUAAAUGGAACAUUACAUGAGCUUUUAAGGAUGAAUAUUGUCCCUAUAAUUAACACUAACGAUGCAGUUGUUCCACCUCCAGAGCCAAACAGUGAUCUUCAGGGGGUAAAUGUAAUUAGCGUGAAGGAUAACGACAGUCUGGCAGCACGACUGGCUGUGGAAAUGAAAACAGAUCUCCUGAUUGUUCUUUCAGACGUAGAAGGACUCUUUGACAGCCCGCCAGGGUCUGAUGAUGCAAAGCUUAUUGACAUAUUCUACCCAGGAGACCAGCAGUCUGUAACAUUUGGAACCAAAUCCCGAGUGGGAAUGGGUGGCAUGGAAGCCAAGGUGAAAGCAGCUCUUUGGGCCCUGCAAGGAGGCACUUCAGUAGUGAUUGCGAAUGGGACCCACCCAAAGAUCUCAGGUCAUGUCAUCACAGAUAUUGUAGAAGGGAAAAAAGUUGGAACUUUUUUUUCAGAGGUAAAACCUGCAGGCCCUACUGUAGAACAGCAGGCUGAAAUGGCUCGAGCUGGUGGCAGGACCUUGGCAGCUCUACAGCCUGAGCAGAGAGCAGAGAUUAUUUAUCGUCUUGCUGACUUACUAACGGACCAGAGAGAAGAAAUUCUCUUGGCAAACAAAAAGGACUUAGAGGAGGCUGAAAAUAAAGGGAGAUUAGCACUCCCUUUGUUGAAACGCCUAAGUCUGUCCACUUCAAAGCUGAACAGCUUGGCUAUUGGUCUGCGUCAAAUUGCAGCAUCCUCGCAGGACAGUGUCGGCCGUGUAAUUCGACGAACUCGAAUAGCAAAAGACCUGGAUUUGGAGCAGGUGACAGUGCCGAUUGGUGUCCUUCUCGUGAUCUUUGAAUCUCGUCCUGACUGUCUUCCACAGGUGUCUGCUUUGGCCAUAGCCAGUGGAAAUGGCUUACUACUUAAAGGUGGGAAAGAGGCAGCACAUAGCAAUCAAAUCCUUCAUCAUCUGACACAAGAAGCACUCUCUAUUCAUGGAGUCAGAGAUGCAGUGCAACUGGUGAACACAAGAGAGGAAGUAGAAGAUCUCUGCCGUUUGGAUAAGCUGAUAGAUCUCAUCAUUCCACGUGGUUCAUCACAGUUAGUCAGAAACAUCCAAAAAGCUGCUAAGGGAAUCCCAGUGAUGGGACACAGUGAAGGGAUCUGUCAUGUCUAUGUUGACACGGAUGCCAGUGUUGAGAAGGUCACACGAAUAAUCAGAGACUCAAAGUGUGAAUAUCCUGCUGCCUGUAAUGCUCUGGAAACUCUCUUAAUUCAUCGAGACUUGCUGAGAACCCCGUUGUUUGAUCAGAUCAUAGACAUGUUGAGAGUAGAACAGGUGAAGAUUCAUGCUGGCCCAAAGUUUGCAUCGUACUUGACAUUCAGUCCUUCGGAAGUGAAAUCUCUGCGCACAGAGUAUGGGGACCUGGAGUGCUGCAUUGAGGUGGUAGACAGUGUUCAAGAGGCUGUUGAACAUAUCCACAAGUAUGGAAGUUCCCAUACGGAUGUUAUUAUCACAGAGAAUGAGAAAACAGCAGAGUUCUUCCUCCAGCACGUGGACAGUGCUUGUGUUUUCUGGAAUGCCAGUACCCGAUUCUCUGAUGGCUAUAGGUUUGGACUUGGUGCUGAAGUGGGAAUUAGUACUUCACGUAUCCAUGCACGUGGACCAGUGGGAAUUGAAGGACUCUUAACUACGAAGUGGUUGCUGAGGGGGAACAAUCAUGUUGUUUCUGACUUUUCAGAGCAUGGGAGCAUGAAGUAUCUUCAUGAAAGCCUCCCUCUCCCUCAGAGAAAUGCCAACUAAAAACACUAGGGAGAAAACCCAAGGGUAUAAUUAUUUCCUGAAGAUGUUCAGGCUUCAGGAUAAUCUCUGGUGAAGGAGUUAGUUUUUCAUCCUCAGAAACAUGUCCUUGGUCAUUUUGCAGUACAAUGAAUUCAAAAUGAUCCCAUCAGUGAGAAAUUCCCCACCUUUUCAGUUUCCUUAGACCGUAUCUGCAAACUGACCUCACUUCUCCCAAAGACAGAUUUUUUGAAAUCAUACAGGUAACAUAUAAGGAAGGAUUUCAGUAUUGACUACAUUCCUUUUUUAUCCCAGUUCUCCCUGUAGCAAAUAUGUUUGGUAGUGGAUGGAGCUUAAUUUUUUUUUCCUUAGUGUUGUUUUAUUCAAGUAUCUGUUCUGGAGAACAGACUCAAUAGUUUUGUUUAUGAGGGUUUUUUUCCUUCAGUCUUAGGAUCAUGGCAUCUUUUGAGGGCCAGAAAGCUUUAUUCUUAAUUUCUUUGUAUUUGAUCAUUCUUGAGAUGGGGGGGGCAGAUGUUCCAAAUGUAUAGUAAGCUUUUGACCAAGAAACCUUUUAUAUCUACUUCUUUGUAUUGUUGACUAUUGUAGAUAAAUAACAUAAUUGUUUACUACAUUAAUUUUGUUACUUACUUGUAUCAAAGAUUUAUUUUUCUUUGGUUUUAUAUAAAACUUACUCCAAGAGCACUUCGGUGAUGGCUUGUCGAGAAUGAAGCUCUCCGACUGCACUAACGCUUGCCGUGGUGCACUGCAGCCCUGCUGCACAGCUGGCAGCCAGAGCUCCCCACUGGCUGCAGGAGCCUCGGGUCGGUGCCGCUGGGGGGUCCUGGCGUGCUACCGCUCUCUCGUUCUGCCCUUUCCCUUCCUGCCCGCUGCUGUCCUGGCAUGGGUGGUGGACACACUGUGCUUGGGAUGCAGUGCUGCUGCACCCCUUUCUCGGUCACAGGGGCAUCACGAUGGGGUGUGGGGUGCGUCUCCCUCUGAGCAGAUGCCAAGAGCCAGUGGACACGGACGGGUGAGGCAAGUGAGACUCCUCAGUAGGUGUGGAUGACUCCUAUAUGCUGAAAGUGGCACCACAGGGGAGCUCAGAUGGGCACGGGGAGGGGACA